AUGGAUAAACCUUCUUUAAGUCGCCUCGAACGUCGCAAGAAUCGGACUACAACGUAAGUGGCUUUAGAAUCACAUAAUCCUGUUUUAGGCGAUUGUGUAUGAUUUGUGGGAAUUACACGCCGUUCGGACAAUGUAUGAUUUACCCAAAGGGCAAGCGGAGAGAGUUUGACGAGGCUCUGGAUCUACCCAAGUUUGUGAGCGAUGCUUUACCUUCAAGUUGCAGUAUUUGUAUCAAACACUUUGAGAACGCAGAUGUAGUAUCAGUAAGGGCUGAUGCUCAUGCCAAGGUCAAGAUUGACGCCGUGCCGUGCAAGGUAACGAUUUGUUUAAUUUUUUUUAUCAACAAUUUUGAGGUUUCAUGUUGUUUUGAGGCAUAAAGGUUCAGUCUUUAGGAGGUAAUCGUGUUGCCUGAGGCUGUAAAAUAUGUUUAUGGUAUUUUAAAUUUGUUUAAUAGUUUUUUUAGGUUAAUAUUAAGUUUUUAAGAUAAAAAUUUUAAAGUUAUUGUUAUAUGAGUGUAAUUAAGCUAAAGAGACAGAAUAAUAGCGUUUAUGAAUUUUUAAGGAAUCUAUGAUAUUUUUAAUAUGUGUUGUUGUAGGGAAUGGACGGCAUAUUUCUGGAGAAGCUACGAGAAUUGGAUCCAUUGGAGGUUCUAGCCAAACCUGAUGUGAAUCCGAUAAGUGUAGUUAAGGAGAAACUAGGCUUGGAUCGUCAUACUCGAUACGUUAAACCACUGGGAAGGAGCGAAGAAGUGUCGGAAGAUGAAGAUGACAAAGUAGAAGAUGAUCCCAGGAGUAUAUUGGCUUACUUGUUUACUAACGUAGGUUUUACAUUACUUUAUGUUAUCAACGUGAAUGAAGUUAUGUUUUUAAAAGUUUUCCGGUAAUUGAUAGGGUUUUCGUUAGACUAGAGAGGUAAAAUACAGCAUUUUGGCGUAUAAGUGAUAUUACUAUAGAAAGGAAUUAAAAAAUAACGUUUUUUUUGCAGUGUUAUUUUAGUUUUCAAAACGUAUCCUAAGGCAAUUAAAGGCUUAG